GUGUAGGGCAGUUGCUCAAUUUCCGUAGGUGUCGUUUUUCUUCAUUAUUCCUUCAUUUUGUGCCUCUUCUUUUGAUAUUUGUUUAUUAAAUUAUGAUUCACGAGCGCUGUUGAUUAGCUGCAAACAGUUGACAACAAAGUUCUGCGCGAUGGCGACUGAAUUCCUCGCCGAGAAUAAUGUGUGCGGUCAAACGAUUUUGCAAAUAGUCGCAGAAGGAAACACUAUCAUAUGCGAACUGUUGCGGUUGAAGGAUUACGUACCGGAACUAUUCUACUUGAAAACGAAGGAAGAACAGCAAAGGUAUGGCGAAAUCAUUAAAGAUUUUGGAUACUUUCAAAUUGCCGAUGCACAGGAAGCAAAGAUCGAAGGCGAUGAAAAGCUACGACUGAUCGAUGAAGAACUACGGGAAAACUAUAUCGUCACGCUCAAUCGGUUCUAUAUCGUAUUUGAAAGCAUACACAAGUACGUGAAGGAUCUGAACACGUUCAUUGAGGAAUUGAACACGGGCCUCUUCAUACAGCAGUCGAUGGAGAAGGUGUUUCAGGAUGCGGAAGGAAAGCAGCUAAUGUGCGAGGCAUUGUACCUGUACGGAAUGAUGCUACUGGUAGUCGAUCUACACAUCCCUGGCCUCGUGAGGGAACGUAUUCUGGUGUCCUACAACCGGUACAGCGCUCUUAAAACCCACAGCGAUAGCAGCAUCGAUGAGGUAUGCAAGCUGCUUCGUUCAACCGGAUUCAACGAUGGUGUAGCCGGUAGUAGUGGUGGAACACUGAGCCGUAAAGUGGCCAGCUAUCCGGAGGACUUUUUUGCCCGUGUCCCCAUCAGCCCGCUGUACAUUGAGAUGGUCAUUGGCCGGUUACGAUCGGAUGAUGUGUACAAUCAAAUCGCAGUUUAUCCCUUGCCGGAGCAACAUUCAACGGCGCUGGCAAACCAAGCCGGAAUGCUGUACGUGUGUCUGUUCUUUUCACCAAAAACGCUACACAAUCAAUCGUCUCGAAUGCGCGAAAUCGUCGACAAGUUCUUCUCGAACAAUUGGAUCGUGUCGCUGUACAUGGGCAUCACGGUUAAUUUGAUAAGUGCCUGGGAACCAUUUAAAGCCGCCAAAACGGCACUCACCAACACGCUCGACAAUGGGAACCUGAAGGAAAUAUGUCACCGGCAGAAACUAUCGAUGGAAACGCUGCUCAACCGCACCCGGAACAUUCUGCGCGAAGGAAAUCUAACCGAACAGAACCUGCUCGAUCAUAUGCCGCGCGUGAUGGCGCUGGUACGCGACUGUAACAUUACCGUGCGCUGGAUAAUGUUGCACACGAGCAGUGCCAACACGCUUGAUAUCGGUUCGGUAGCAGCUUCGAAACGGUGCCGCCAGGUACGGGAACUGAUCGAGCAGGAGAUCGAGUUCCGUGGUGUGCUGUUUUUCGAGCUACUGCUUAACACGAGCCAGCUGGAGUUGAAGGUACGCGAAAUGUUGAAACGAUUGCUGGAGGAACGGGACGAUAGGUGGGCGGACUAUCGGCGAGAAGCUACCGACCGAAUGCAGGACCUAGCGGAUGCGUUUUCCGGCGAACGGCCGUUUGUGAAAACGCGCAAAAACGAAAGCCUAAGCCGAUGCUUCUCGAACAUACGCAAAGAGAUCGAUGGGCUGAGCAGGGAGGAGAAGCAUCUGAGUCAAACGGGGCGCACGAUCAUCCAGCUGCUGCAAGCCCUGGAGGAGGUGCAAGAUUUCCAUGGUUUGAAUCGAAACAUGCAGGUAAAGCAGCACAUCGUCGAAACGCGCCAGUAUCUGCAUGAAAUGUUCCACACAAUCAGCAUCAAGGAGAACGAUCUGAUUAAUCUACAGCUGAUAGGAGAUUUCAGCUACGCGUGGCGACUGAUCGACGGGUACACCGGCAUGAUGCAGGAAAACAUUCGCCACCAGCCGAGACUGGUGAUAAAGCUACGGUCCACAUUCCUGAAGCUCGCCUCAGCACUGGAAAUCCCUUUGCUGCGUCUGAAUCAAGCCGAAUCGGAACAUCUGAUCGAUGUGUCGCGUUACUACAGCAACGAGUUGGCUAACUUUGUGCGAAAGGUGGUACAAAUCAUUCCGGAAACGAUGUUUUCCCUGCUGGCCCAGAUCGUGGAUCUGCAGACGAAUGUGCUGAAGGAACUUCCGGCACGGCUCGAGAAGGAACGCAUGAAGGAGUACGCCCAGUUCGAGGAACGGUUCCAGGUAGCGAAGCUUACCUACACCCUGUCCACCUUUACCGAAGGCAUUCUGGCGAUGCAAACCACACUCGUGGGUGUGGUCGAACUCGACUCGAGGAAGCUGCUCGAGGACGGCAUACGCAGAAAGCUGGUACAGAACGUAGCGGAUGCAUUUCAUCAGCAGUUGGUGUUUGGUCAGAAGGUGAAAGAAUCGGAACUGUACCCGAAGCUCGAUUCGUUGCACAAGAUCAUCCACGGAUACCGUCGUUCGUUUGAGUACGUGCAGGACUAUCUGAACAUUCACUGUAUGCGCAUCUGGAACGAGGAAAUGGCCCGCAUCAUUCGCUUCAACGUGGAGAAGGAAUGUCAACCGUUUCUGAAAAGCAAACCGCACGAAUGGGAACAAUCGGGAAUCGGGUUAAAUGAUGACCCCGACAGUAGUUUGGUACCGAUUCCGAUUUAUCAGCCAGUCGACAUGACGUCGAUUAAUUUCAUGGGACGAUUGGCACGUGAGGUUCUGCGCAUUACCGAUCCAAAAACAACGAUCUACAUCGACAUUUGCUCCAGCUGGUACGAUUACAAAACACAUAAGCUUCUGCUAACGAACAAAUUUGCUAACAAAAUCAACGAAACAUUCGGUCCGGCUGGAUUAAUCGGUCUCGAUCGGUUGUACGGUGCGAUGCUCAAAUCGGAACUGGAAACACUCUCCAGUACGGUACAGCGCAAAAUCCAGCACGAAGCCAACUGGAGCGAUACACUGGCGGGAAUUAAAAGUGACCUGGAGCGUGCGGAUAUUGUGUACAAUCCUACGAAAAGCUAUCCAACAUUUAUCUCAAACACGUCACGCUUCUUUAGUACCAGUUCCGUUGGUGAUUGGUUGUUAAAAAUUGGCCAGAAACAAACGCUUCGCUGUCAGCUUGCACUGGAGCUGAACUGUAGUUGUAAGAUAAGGGCAACUAAGCUGGAAUCUUCCCUUCGAACGCUGAACGAAGCUAUUCUGCUCGAGUUUCAGCGUCACCAGCUGGACGAAACUCAACCACUACCGCGUGCCGAGCUGGUAGCGGAACUGAACACAUACCUACUGUACGCCGGAUUGUACGAUCCUUACCGGAAGGUGUACAUCAAGCAGGAACCACCACGCUUUCUACCGCUCGUGCUAUUUCUCUUUCUGAUCGCCACACUGCCCAAGCUGCAGUACAUGGAAAAUGUGGACAGUUUGGUGGCGAAAAGGAAAAAUGAAUCGAUCGAUGGCCAUCCGCUUACGAUCGGAUUGCUAACCGUGCUGCGACAGUUCGAUGCAAGCGAGACGGAUAUUUUCCUGCAGUAUCUGUGCCAGUACGUGCUGUCUUUUGUGCACGCCAAUUUAGAAGCGAAAAACGCCAUCGGCGCUGAAGCAUUAUCCGCGCUGCGGUUUCUGGAGAUCUUUACCCGUGUCGCUAAUAUACCGAGAAGCUAUCUGGAACAGUAUCUUUCUACGAUUAUCUUGGACCAGUACAUAUUUGUGUCCGACGUUAAAUGACCUCUGUUUUUCUUUAAGCUAUUCCAAUAAAAACACAACCACACACACUGUUACACUGUUAUCAGCCUUCAGCCGUGGCAAACGGUUUUCAUAUAUCUGUA